GGGAAGAAAUUUCGAAGCAAACCUCAACUUGCUCGAUAUUUGGGCAAUGCUGUGGAUUUGAGCUGCUUCGAUUUUCGGACGGGCAAAAUGAUGCCGAGCAAAUUGCAGAAGAAUAAACAGAGAUUGAGGAAUGAUUCCCUGAAUCCUAAUAAGGGGAAACCAGACCUGAACACGGCCCUCCCCAUCCGUCAGACAGCUUCCAUCUUCAAACAGCCCGUCACCAAAGUCACCAACCACCCCGAUAACAAAGUCCGCUCCGACCCGCAGCGCCUCGGCGAACAA